CUCUCAUCCACCCAUUUGACAGCUGUAUGAAACAGUUGGUUUUCAACGGCCUACGUGAAGUGAAACAGUUUAGAUAGAUUUUCUUUUAUCACAUGGACAUUGAGUCCAAGUUGACAGUCCGUUCAUGGCUUGAACUACUAAUGCCUGCUGAACGCAAGAAGCCCGUGAACAUGGAAGACAAGGAGCCGGGGAACUCUAACAAGGAAAAGGAGAAAGAGAGGGAGAACGACCGGCGACCCACCUCUUCCAGGGACAAAGGAGGAAAGGAUGAGCAGAAGGGUGGAAAGAAGGAUGGAGGCAAAGCAGCAGCUGAGGAGAAGAAGAGAAGGUUGGAAGAUGAGAAGAGGAAGAAGGAAGAGAAGGAGCGCAAGAAGAAAGAGGAGGAGAAGCUGAAAGCUGAGGAGGAACAGAAGAAGAAGGAAGAGGAGGAGAAACGGCAGCAGGAGGAAGAGGAGAAGAAGAAACAAGAGGAAGAGGCCAAGAGACAGAGAGAGGAGGAGGCAGCUUUGCUCAAGGAGAAAGAGGAGGCGCAGCAGCUGCACCAGGAAGCCUGGGAGCGCCACCAGACGCGCAAGGAGUUGCGCGCGCGCAACCAGACGGCCCCCGAGCAGCGGCCCGAGGAGGCCUUCUUCGGCCGGCUGGACUCCAGCCUGAAGAAGAACACGGCCUUCGUCAAGAAGCUCCGCACGCUGACGGAGCAGCAGCGCGAGGCGCUCUCGCACGACUUCGCCUCGCUCAACCUGAGCAAGUACAUCGGCGAGGCGGUCAGCUCGCUGGUGGAGGCCAAGCUCAAGCUGUCGGACGUGAGCUGCGCCGUGCGCCUCUGCUCGCUCUUCCACCAGCGCUACGCCGAGUUCGCGCCGCUCCUGCUGCAGGCCUGGCGCAAGCACCUGGACGCCCGGCGCGAGGAGAAGACGCCCAACGUCAGCAAGCUGCGCACCGACCUGCGCUUCAUCGCCGAGCUCACCGCCGUGGCGCUCUUCACCGACAAAGAGGGCCUGUCGCUGAUCUACGAGCAGCUGAAGGGCAUCACGGGUGCCGACCGCGAAACCCACACCCACGUGUCGGUGGUGAUCAGCUUCUGCAAGCACUGCGGGGACGACAUCGCCGGCCUGGUGCCAAGGAGGGUGAAAGGGGCGGCGGAGAAGUUUGGCCUGGCCUUCCCGCCCAGCGAGAUCAUCAGCAACGAGAAGCAGCAGCCCUUCCAGAAUCUGCUGCGCGAGUACUUCACCUCGCUCACCAAGCACCUGAAGAAGGACCACCGCGAACUGCAGAACAUCGAGAGGCAGAACCGGAGGAUCCUGCACUCCAAGGGGGAGUUGAGUGAGGACCGGCAUAAGCAGUAUGAGGAGUUUGCCACCUCCUAUCAGAAGCUGCUGGCCAACACUCAGACUCUGGCUGACCUGCUGGACGAGAACAUGCCCGAGCUGCCCCAGGACAAAACCGUGCAGGAAGAGCACGGCCCUGGCAUUGACAUCUUCACCCCGGGCAAGCCUGGCGAGUACGACCUGGAGGGGGGCAUCUGGGAGGACGAGGACGCCAGGAACUUCUACGAGAACCUGGUGGACCUCAAGGCCUUCGUCCCCGCCAUCCUCUUCAAGGAAAACGACAAGAGUGGCCAGGCCAAGGAGCGUGAUGACGCCAAAGAUAAAGAGAGUAAGGAAAGUAAGGAGGUGACCACCAGUACUGAGGAGCUGGAGCUGGAGCUGGAGGCUCUGGACAUCGCCGAUGACACCCUGGAGUUGGAACCCACAGACGCAGAGGCAGAGAACGAGGAACUCGCCAAGAAACUGCUGGACGACCAAGGGAGCAAAGAAAAGUCAGGGUCAAAGACAGGUCAGAGUUCAAGGGCGAGUUCAGGCAGGUCAUCAGAACAAGAGGAUGAAGAGACCAGCACCGGGUCCCAUCUGAAGCUGAUUGUUGAUGCCUUCAUUCAGCAGCUGCCCAACUGUGUUAACAGAGACCUGAUUGACAAGGCGGCCAUGGAUUUCUGUAUGAACAUGAACACGAAAUCCAAUCGCAGGAAACUGGUCCGGGCGCUCUUCACUGUACCCAGACAAAGGCUGGACCUGCUGCCUUUCUACUCGCGUCUGGUGGCCACUCUGCACCCAUGCAUGUCAGAUGUGGCUGAGGACCUCUGCUCCAUGCUCAAGGGGGACUUCCGCUUUCAUAUUCGUAAGAAGGACCAGAUCAACAUCGAGACCAAAAACAAGACAGUGAGGUUCAUCGGGGAGCUGGCCAAGUUCAAGAUGUUCUCCAAGACGGACACGCUGCACUGCCUCAAGAUGCUGCUGUCUGACUUCUCUCACCACCACAUUGAAAUGGCCUGCACCCUGCUGGAGACCUGCGGCCGCUUCCUCUUCCGCUCCCCAGAAUCCCACCUGAGGACCAGUGUCCUGUUGGAGCAAAUGAUGCGCAAGAAGCAGGCGCAGCACCUGGACGCGCGCUACGUGACCAUGGUGGAGAACGCCUACUACUACUGCAACCCCCCGCCCAUGGAGAAGACCGUGCGCAAGAAGAGGCCCCCCCUGCAGGAGUACAUACGCAAGCUGCUCUACAAGGACCUGUCAAAGGUCACCACCGAGAAGGUGUUGCGUCAGAUGCGCAAGCUGCCGUGGGGGGACGCGGAGACCAAGAGCUACCUGGUGUGCUGCAUGGUGAACAUCUGGAACGUCAAGUACAACAGCAUCCACUGCGUGGCCAACCUGCUGGCCGGCCUGGUGGCCUACCAGGAGGACGUGGGCAUCCACGUGGUGGACGGGGUGCUGGAGGACAUCCGGCUGGGCAUGGAGGUGAACCAGCCCAAGUUCAACCAGCGGCGCGUGAGCAGCGGCAAGUUCCUGGGCGAGCUCUACAACUACCGCAUGGUGGAGUCGGCCGUCAUCUUCCGCACGCUCUUCUCCUUCAUCUCCUUCGGCGUGAACCCGGACGGCACUGCCUCGCCGCUGGACCCACCCGAGCACCUCUUCCGCAUCCGGCUGGUCUGCACGCUGCUGGACACCUGCGGACAGUACUUUGACCGCGGCUCCAGCAAGCGCAAGCUGGACUGCUUCCUCAUCUACUUCCAGAGGUACAUCUGGUGGAAGAAGAGUCUGGACGUGUGGACCAAAGAGCACCCGUUCCCCAUCGACAUCGACUACAUGAUCAGCGACAUGCUGGAGCUGCUGAGGCCCAAGAUGAGGCUCUGCACCUCCAUAGAGGACGCCACGGGACAGGUGACCGAGCUGGAGAGAGAGCUCAUGGUCAAGCUGGGCUUGGCGAUGGGGAAGGAUGGCCGUCCUCCUAGUGGCAUGGGCGACGCAGAGGGGCUGGAUGAGGAAGAUGAUGAUGACGACGAAGAGGGUGGGGCAGACACCGAGGAGCAGUCUGGCAACGAGAGCGAGAUGAACGAGCACGAGGACGAGGAGGCUUCUGAGAACGAUGAGGAAGAGCGGGAGGAAGAGGAGGAGGAGAACACUGACUACAUGACUGACUCCAACAAAGAGAACGAGACGGAUGAGGAGAACAAUGAGGUGACUAUCCGUGGAGGAGGCCUGAAGCACGUGGCGUGUGCUGAAGAUGAAGACUUCAUCCAGGCGCUGGACAAGAUGAUGCUGGAGAACCUUCAGCAGCGUAGUAGUGACUCGGUGAAGGUGCACCAGCUGGACGUGGCCAUCCCCCUGCAGCUGAAGAGCCAGCUGAAGAAGGGACCCGUCCCCGUCGGACCAGAGGGCGAUGCCCAGAUCAACGACACCAUGCAGUUUGUCAUGCUCACGCGCAAGGGAAACAAGCAGCAGUUUAAGAUCCUGAACGUGCCGCUGUCGUCCCACCUGGCCGCCAACCACUUCAACCAGCAGCAGGCGGAGCAGGAGGAGCGCAUGCGCAUGAAGAAGCUCACGCUGGACAUCAACGAACGCCAGGAGCAGGAGGACUACCAGGAGAUGAUGCAGUCCCUGGCCCAACGUCCUGCUCCGGCCAACACCAACCGCGAGAGGAGGCCACGCUACCAGCACCCCAAGGGGGCCCCGAACGCCGACCUCAUCUUCAAAACGGGGGGCAGAAGACAGGAUGGUAGGGGCAGGCGUCGACUCUGACAGGUGCCGUACAGCACUUCUGAGGAGAUCCAGCUUAAGGGACUGACGCCGUUGAUUGGAUGCCGGUAGGAAAGCGAUGCAAUGACGGCGCGUGAAACGAGCGAGAAAUGUACAAAAAAGUGAGCAAGCGAGCGCGAGAGUGCAGCAGCAGUGCAGUUUGGCGUCACCCCUCCAAGCCAAGCGAGCGAGCGAGUGAGAGUGAGAGAGAAAGAGAGGGGGAUGACAGCAGUUGGUCACUCUACGGUUGUGUCUGAGCCAAAAAACCAUGCAGACUCAACUCACACACACUACCCACCCCCUCUCUCCCACCAACCACCUCAGCAGGUCAACCGCCGGAGGGAGGAGGAAGAGGUGGAGGAGAGCGACAAGGAGAAACGGGCGGAAGAGGAGGAGGAGGAAGAAGAAGAAGAGAGGAUUGAAAAAGAGAGUGGAAGAGAGGAGUGUGGCCUAAGAAGUGUCACAGGGUGGGGUGUUUCGGCAUCACCAAUCUCCUUCUGUACAGCAAAAACGAACACACGCACGCAUACACACACGCACACACACAUACACACACGCACGCAUAUGCAGACACGUACACACAAACUCAGUGCGCAUAAUCCAGAAGAGCGAAAAGGGAAGCGAAGAACACUGCGAAGGGAAGCGAAAAACACUGAAGUGGACAGACUGAACAGACGCACGCACACACGCACGCAUGCACACACACACACACACACACACACACACCUGCAGCAACCCCUGAAAUGGUGUCUGUGUGUACGAGUGGUGGACUGCGCCCAAGAGAAGUCGGCGUCUUGUGCAGUUGAGACUACUACUAUCCUUUCUUCCCUUUUCUGGGUGUUAAAGGCUUCUUGCCCUGCACAUCCUCUGGAAUAAAGACUCUUUAUCUUUUGAA